AUGAGUCGCUCAUUGUCUAACGGACCUGGAAGAGCCAGUUCAAUAUCAGAAGCAUCUGAUCAAACACCUCUUUUACAAGAACAAGAGGACCGAUCUGGUUCAGUAGAGGCUUCGACAAAACCUCGACCUAUCUCGUGGAGGUCACUCCCCAAUAAAGGGCAGCUCGCUGUCAUCCUCCUUGCCCGCUUGGCGGAGCCAUUGAGCGAGCGGUCCCUCGCGUCGUACCUAUUCUACCAACUGCGAUGGUUCAAUCCUGACCUCAAGCCCUCUGAGAUCCCCAAGCAGGUCGGCUAUAUAACCGCUGUCUUUGCUGCGGCACAAUGUCUCACCUCUAUGUGGUGGGGUCGUGCUGCCGACAAUCCUCGCUUGGGACGCAAACGCGUCUUGUUGAUUGGGCUUGGUGGUUCAGCCUUGUCGGCGUUGGGAAUGGGCUUUUCAACAUCAUUGUCAGCGGCAUUCUUCUUUCGCUUCUGUGCUGGUGCUCUCAAUGGGAAUAUUGGCGUUCUUAGGACUAUGGUAUCUGAGAUAGUUCCUGAGAAGCGAGCCUUUCUCCUAUUACCUAUGUGCUUCAAUGUUGGUGUCAUAAUUGGGCCACUUCUAACAGGAUUCCUCGCCGAUCCUGUCCACUCUCUCCCACGCAUUUUUGGACCUGGCUCAUUCUUGGGUGGCGCUGAUGGUGUUCAAUGGCUUCGAGACUUCCCAUACGCGCUUCCAAACCUCUUUUGUUCUGUUAUCCUGACUACAGCAUUCUUUCUAAUUAUUCUUGGGCUCGACGAAACGCAUCCGCAACUGCGCCACAGUCCGGAUGCUGGGCGCAGACUUGGGAAGCUCUUGUUGCGUAUCAUCCUGCGAACAAAGACCGCAAGCUAUCGCUAUGAUGCUGUCGGCACCGAGGUACCAUCUGAACUGCUCAUCAGUCAGUCUCCCGACCACGAGGCUGGAAAGAUACCAGCAGAGCCUGGAAAUAAGGUCCAGCCACCGUUCCGGGACGUCCUGACCAGGAAUGUCUGCCUCAACAUGUUGCAGCGUUUCUUACAGUCACUGCAUGUUUCAGCCUUCAAUUCCAUCUUCUUCACUCUUCUACCUACACCUAAAGCUGACGGUCAAAACUUCCAUUUGCCUUUCCGCUUCACUGGUGGUCUUGGACUUUCCAGCGAGAAAAUGGGACUGGCUAACACAACCAUUGGCAUGAUUGGGAUACCUCUGCAGCUCUUUGUAUACCCAAGACUCAUUGGCAGCCUCGGUGUGAGACAGUCGUAUCGUGUAUUCUUGCCGCUUAGCAUUGUCGCCUACUUUUUGCUGCCAUAUCUUGUCCUACUGCCUGACAACGAAGCUCUGGUCUGGACCUGUCUGUCGGCGGUGCUUACCUUGCAAGUUUUGUCACGAACCUUUGUCAACCCAGCGACUAUGAUGCUCGUCAACGACUCAGCACCAAGUCCGAGUCUUCUGGGUACAGUGCAUGGUCUGGCGUCCAGCGUCUCGAGCGCUGCCCGAAUCAUGGGGCCAACCGUAGGCGGUAUAAUGCUCGGUUGGGGUCUUGCUAACAAUAUUGUCGGGUUGCCGUUGUGGUUAUUGGGCAUUUUGGCUGUGGCAAACUGGGCGAUCCUCUGGUGGAUUGAAGACGUGAACAUGUCGCAGUGA